AUUAUGCGAUAUAUACAGAAUUAACAUUAUUUAUAAUUUCUGGUAGCCAUAUUCAUCCUGUAUGUUUAACAUCCAACAUGGGCGUUUCUUUUGUCGUCUGCAAAGUGUCAAAUACUUUGCGCACAACAAAAAUGCUCAGAACCAGUGAUACUUUUUAGCUGUUCAGAAAAGUUAAAAAGUCGUUCAUGAUUCUUACCAUUGCCAAAUGCUUUGGAGUGAACGUACGACACAUAUUUGUUCAAGAAAAUUGUAAUUUUAUUCGGUGUUGGCUAUGACUCAGUACCAAAGGGCAUCUUUUCAAGGUAUCGCGACUUUGUUCGAAUAAUUAAGUUAACAUCGAAGGAGAUAAAGUACAUGGCCUCUGUGAGAUUGAAAAUUACAAUUUCAUUCGUCAAAAUAAUAUGAACCCCAUUUAAAUUGACAUUAAAAUGCUGCUAUAAAAUGAGAAGGUUAUGCUUGAUCGUAAAACGAUAAUUACGAUAUUAAAGUGUUUUAAAUAGUACAAUUAUUUACUGCACACGAAUAAUACGAAGCUGCAAAUCCUGAGUGAGCAUAUAUUGUUGGCUUAAGAUGUACCUAAUAUGAGAAAAGUGAAUUGACUUAUUUGGUAUCAGAAUCAGCUGAUUCCUACAUUGACAAAGAAUCCCUGAUACUUUCGAUGUUUAACGAAUGAAGAAUUGAAUUAUCUGAUGUCGAAAAUAGUGAUAUAUGAAGGAUAUACAUAUAUAUCAUAUUUUUGAACAUAUAGUUUCUUCGUUAUUCUAAAAAGAUAAAGAUUGAAAGAUGUCAGGAAACAAUUCUGCUACAGUAGGUACACUUAGAGGUGGUAAUCUACAAAAUCGUAAUUCUCAAAGAUCUACACUUUUAAAAGUGGUGAUUCUGGGUGAUGGUGGUGUUGGCAAAUCUUGUCUUAUGAAUAGAUUUGUAUCAAAUCAUUUUGAUGAACAUAGUUUUCAUACAAUUGGAGUAGAAUUUUUAAACAAGGAUAUUGAUAUUAAUGGAGAGGCAUAUACAUUGCAAAUAUGGGAUACAGCUGGACAAGAAAGAUUUAAGACCCUUAGAACUCCGUUCUAUAGAGGCUCUGAUAUUUGCCUUUUAACAUAUGCGGUAGAUGAUAGAACAAGUUUUAAAAAUUUAGCACUUUGGAGAUCUGAAUUCCUUUAUUAUGCUGAUGUUCAAGAAGGAUCAACAUUUCCAUUUAUAGUUGUUGGGAACAAAGUGGAUGUUCCAGAUUCUGAGAAACAAGUUUCUACAGAAGAAGCUCAAGCUUGGUGUGCAGAAAAUGGAGACCCUCCAUUAGUAGAAACAUCUGCAAAGGAUGCAACCAAUGUCGAAGCAGCAUUUGGUGCAGCUGUUGCUGCUUGGGCACAACUUGAAGCUAGACUAGAAAGACCAUUAGUAGAAGAUACUGUUGAUCUUUCAAAACAACAAUCUCCUCAUCGUUCAAGUUGUUGUAUGCCUGUGUCUGGUGCUGAGUCUAACAAAAUUAUUUGAAGAGAUUUCUUGCCUGUCUGCAAUACUUUCCUCAUAAUAAGAAUACAACUGUAAACUGUAAGGUCAAAUUGAACGUCCUGCUCGUAUCACGCUUUGUGCAGUUCGCGAGCUACAGACAGUAUUUUAAGUAUUUCAGACAUUAUUGGCUUGUGAUAAAAUAAUAAUAGUAAUAACCAUGAUCAUCAACUGCUUUACAAAUAAGGAAUAGAUAUAAAAUGUAAUUUAGCUUUGUAAUCUAAAUUUGCCUUAUCUUCGCAGCACAAACUAAGGGCAGUGGUAGUAAUAUAUAUUUAUCACAAAAUCCUCUGAAUCAUCUUUAUAUAUACAUAUAUAUAUAUACAUAUAUAUAUAUAUGUAUAUAUGUAUAUAUAAUAUAUAUAUAAUAUAUGUAUAUAUAUAUAUGAUUUUGAAAUAUCUACACUAUAAAAAACAUACUCUGCUGCUCUUGGAAUGUCCUGCAAUCGGUGUUUAAAGAUUUUCCUACAAAGUGAAUAAUAUUAUAAACACAUUAAAUAAAGCUUUUUGUACAACCUUGUACGUAUAAAACGUAUGAACGCAUUUCUAAAGCACUGUAACUUACUUAAAAGCUACCUAAUACUUUAGCGAUGCUUUACAUACAGGAAAUAAAUAAUAUAUAAUAUUAUUAUAAUUUAAGUAUUAUUUUCAAUAACAAGGCUUGCAUUAAUUAUAAAUGUGACAUGCAUGCUGGUGCUUUUUGUAUAGUUACAUAUCGAAUAUAUAAAUUUGUGGCUUCUUAUUCAACAAUUUGUUGAUUUAAGUGCAAAGUAUACAUAUAUAUAUAUAUAUAAAAUUUAAUCAUAUCAAGGUGGAGACAUUUCACCAACUGUUAUAAUAUAAAAUAUCAGUUCUGUAUUACUUGAAUAUAUUUUACGUCAUCAGUACUACAUGAGUUUCAUUAAUAAUUUUAUAAAAAUAUUUUAUUGAAUUAUUUUAUUUAAUUAUUAUAUAUUAUCAGCCAAGAUUUUUACGGUAUGUCUUAAAUAUUAGUUAAUAUCUACAUUUUAUAAAUUUUAUAAUCUAAAAAAUCGAUCUUGCAACAGAAACAAGAACAAAAAAAGUAGAGGAGCUCUGUGCUUCUUUAAAAAUGAUAAAAUAUAUUGGCAAAAUGUUUUUCUUGUAUUUCAUGUGAUAUUAUUUUAUAUUUUACAAAUAACAGUAGUUUAUGGACUACUUGGUAAUAAUACAAUCGUUGAUAACGUUAUAUUAUAACAAUACAUCAUGUAUGCAAUGUUCAAGAUAUCACUGCACACUUUUUUUCAAACGUUAAGAUUAAUUUAUAAAAUACAUUACAAUAAAAAAUUGAAAGUGGCCGUAUAAAAGUUUGGAGAAAAGUGUGCGUCCAUCUUACGAUACUUUCCUCAUUUAAAUCUUUUAACAAUAUUUACAAAUUAGGUGCGCUAUGGCUAUCCAAAUCAAAGAUUUAACCUUCCAGUAUUUUUGUAUACAAAUUUGCAUUUUAUAAAUAUUUUUUAUUCAAUAAUAAUUAAGUCAUGCGCUAUUUUUCUCAACGAACAAUUGAAAAUUGCAUUCUGUAUGCAUAGGAAUAAAUUUAAACUGAGAACAUUUUCUUUAUAUAUUUGUGUAAAUACGAAUUUAGAAUAAUUAUAUUUCCUGCACACAUAUACUACAUGUAAUUAUUUCAAAGUUCUUUCAGUCAGAAUGAACUUUUCAGCAAUGUACAAUGAUGUACAUUUUUGUUGUAAAAACACAAUGUAUUUUAAAUACAUAAACAACUAAUGACAA